GCAGCUGCGACAACUAUGCAUUCACUGUUUCUCCCUUGGUGGUGUGGUGGGUGAUCCUGUCUCUGUGGCAGUGUCUCUCUCGUUUCCUCUCUGACCUCGCUCUCCAGUGCCCUUAAUCGGAGCUGUCAUGCAUAGGCCUGACUGCAUACCAAGGCUUACCUGGGCGAGAGGUUAACGAGGGAUCACCCCUGUUAAUUAAAGCACCAGGUACCACCACGCACCAUCAUCAUCAUCAUCAGCAGCAGCAGGAGGGGAAAGGAAGAGCGGGAACAUCAGGAGAACAGAGGAAGAGGAGUCUCCCUACACAGCACCAGAAUGAAGAGACGAUAGCAGGAGCAAGCAGACAGCAGGCACAGCAGUAGACACAAUGUAGCAGGAAGAGGGGAAAAAAAGAAAGCAGGAAGACAGGAUUAAUACCAUACCCGGAAAAUAGGGAAAGGAGAAAGUAAAGCACCAAACAAACAAACAACAGGAGCAAUAGGAGAAAGGUAACACUUGAACCAUAACCCCAAAAAACGGGAAACAGAGGAAGAAAGCAAACAUCAUAAACAGUAGAAACAACAGAAGAAAAAAAAAGAACCAGAAAACAGGAAACAGAAAGCAAAACACCAAGAAAACAGUAACAACAACAACGGGAGACAAAGAAGAACAACAGAAAGACAACCCUGCACACAAUAAACAACCAUAAACAAAAAAAAAAAGAACCAGAAAGCAGGAAACAGAAAGCAAAACACCAAGAAAACAGUAACAACAACAACGGGAGACAAAGAACAACAACAGAAAGACAACCAUAAACAGAAGAAAAAAAAUCGUAGAAACAGUAGAAGCAGAGGAAAAACGGACACACCAACCACAUUUUAAACAACAGAGAUGAACAACAGUAACAGUAACGUGAACAUGAAGUAACGGAAGCAGGAACAGAACCACCAACAGAGAGAGGAAGGGAGGAGAAGGCACAACACCCACCCACUCAUCCAUCCCUUCAACCAUCUCUUCACCCAACCAGUCGCCAUGUCGUCCCAGUUCGGCCUGGACGGGGUGUUGGCGUACCUGGGCAACCCGCACCCCUGCGUCACGGUACAGCUCCUCUUCACGGCAGGGCUGAUGGUGCUGGGCCUUGGCUCCCCCGAGGUGUUCACGCUGCUGCCGGUACCUCUGUAUAGCUGCUGGCAUCCACUCACGCCCUCUGACCUAGGUGGACCGUGUGAGGGGAAGGGACUGCUGCCGCCCACCCUCGCAGACGACAUGAGAGAUGUGCUGGUGUGCGGUGAGGCUCGGUGGCGGCCAGAGUCGUUCCCCGGGGCGGUGCUGGCGGGGCUGCGGGUGGUGGUGGUGGUGGUGGCGGGGCUGUGUCUGGACGCGCUGGGCCGCCGCCGUUCCGUGGUCGCCUGGAUGGGCCUGUAUUUCGUCGUUGCCUUCUCCCGCACCUUCGCCCCCAACGCCGAGGCGGUUGUGCUCUGCCUCACGCUGGAAGGAGCCGCCGCGCAGGCCUCCACUCUGGCGCUGCUGCUGUUAGCCGCGGAGGGCAGCACACAGUCGGAGUGCGUGCGGUCCGUGUGCCUGGUGGUGCUGGGUCACGCUGCCGGGGUCGGGGCCGCGGCGCCGCUGGUCCACACCUUCGUCGGCGACCACGUGUACCGCCAGAUGGCCCGCAGCUUGCCCUCACUGGUGUUUGUGGUGUUUAUCAUGGCGUUGCCGGGGAGUGCCAGAUGGGCGGUGUGCCGGGGCUACACCCAAGAGGCAGCUCUCACCCUCAAGCGCUCACACCACCUCACCUUCGACCCCGCCAUCAAGUACAAGCUGACGGCCCUGUACGACGAGCACAAGGCGUCCAUGGGUCAGUAUGGGUGCGCCGGUCACCCCCUGAAGGAGAGUGUGAUGCCGCUGUUGAGGUCUGGCCGCAUGCUGCUCACCACUGGCCUUUUCCUCACCCUCGGCCUCGCCCUGGGCUGCGCCGCCUCCGCCAGACAGGUGUUCCACGCGGAUCCUUAUGUCAGCUUCGAGGAUCGCCAGGUAGCAUUUGGCGCGUUUGAGUUCGUGUCGCUGCUGCUGCUGGGGCUGACGGUGACGCGGCUGGGGGUACGGAAGGUGCAGGUGGCCCUCAUGUCCGCCCUCUCGCUGCUUAUCCCUCUCGCCUACGUGCUGGAUAAAGUGGCCGGCGUGUGGGUGUGCGGGGCCAUGGUGUUCGUCUCCUGCCUGGGCCAUGGGUGCGUGGUCGCCGCCCAAGUAUGGAUGACUGUGGGAGUGGUCCGCCUCACGCCCACACACUCGCGCGGCUUCGUCCUCGGCCUGACCUACGGCAUGGCCACGCUCGGACACUUCCUGCCCCACUUCGAUGUGAUGGGCACCUUUGCCAAGGCGGGGAUGUACUUGGACGUGUACGCUGAGAUCGGGGUAUGGUCCAUCGUGACCUUUGUGGCGGGGCUGCUGUGCCUGCUGCUGCCCCGUACACCCCCCAGCCUGCCCGACACCCUCGCCCACAUAUACGUUCGCAAGGAGCUCCAGGAUGAGAAACCAGACCCCGAGGAGGAAUGUGAGAAUACCCAGCUGUAGAGACCGACACCACCACCACCACCACCACCACAGUCUGCAUCACAGCCACCAAAACUACCACUUUCAACUUUUUAACGAUAUUCUCCACCACCCCCACUACCACCACCACCACCACCACUACCACCAUCACCCCACCACCACCAGUCAACUUUAUCAACUGCACCAUCAUCUCUACCAUCACCUCCUCCACCACCGUCACCACCACCACCACCAUAACCUUAUCAAUUAACACCAUCAUCACCACCAUCACCACCACCACCAGCUACAAUGACCACCACCACCACCACCACCAUCACCACCACCAUAAUCAACCAUGUCAACGCGUCCACCAGUUUAAAACCACAUCACUAUAACAAGCACCACCAUCACCAUCACCACCACAUAUGUGUUUGUGAAUUAAUUGGUUUAGUUCAGCACACACACACAAAAAAAAACUUAGCAAAUUAACUAUAAACGAAGAAAAAGAAGUUGAACAUAAAAAAAAAAAAAUAUGAAUAAAUAAAAGAUCACCACCACCAUCAUCACCAUUGCCACCAUCAUCACCAUCAGAUUAUCACUAUUCUCGUCAUCAUCAUCAUCAUUACCAGAUAAAAAUGAAUAAAUAAAUAAAUAAACUAUAUAUAUACUACUUCCUCAAUUUUCUCAGUGCAUCACCAUAGAAAAUACAGUGAAGUGACUCAUUGUAGUUAAAUUAGGUUAGUGAAAAGGAGCUACAGUGAAAAAGUACAGUGACGGAAUUACAGUGAAGUUAAAUAAUGAAAUAUCGAAAGUAGAGUGAGGGGAUGAUUGUUAUAGUGAAGAGACGCAUCGUAGCUACAGUGAUGAUGAAAAUAAAGUUACGAUGAUAAGGAGCUACAGUGAAAAAGUACAGUGACGGAAUUACAGUGAAGUCAAAUAAUGAAAUAUCGAAAGUAGAGUGAGGGGAUGAUUGUUAUAUUAUAGUGAAGUGACGCAUCGUAGCUACAGUGAGUUCCCGAGUGAUGAUGAGAAAAAGUUAGUGAAAUGCUAGUGAAUGAAAGUGAAUAUAGUGUGAUGCUUAUAGUGAAAGUACAGUGAGGUAAAGAUCUUUUUAGUGAGUUCCCAAGUGACGAUGUAAAAAGUUACAGUGAAAAGCAACCGUGAAAAUAGUGACGAAUAUGGUGCGAUGCCUAUAGUGAACGUAUAAUGAAGGGAUUACACGCGUAUAUACACAGUGAAAAUGGCAGAUAUAUUUUUUUGCAGUGACAAGUACAGUGAUAUGCUUGCAGUGAAACCUACAACAGCAGCUACAAUAACACAGUGGAAAGGGAGAGUACAGUGAAAAAAAUGAGUGCAAUGAGAUGAUAUUGAAGUGUAAGAUGAUGCUAUACAGGUUAACCGACACCCAGAUAAUUUUGACAGUACAAGGAACAGUGAGAUGACAGUGAAAACGAAAAAAAAAGUACAGUGACGCCUUUACAGUGACAAUACAAAGCUCUUCUCGUUCGUAUUUUAUUUAUUUAUUUUUUUUAUUUUAUUUACCUUGAAUGCACCGCUGAGACACUCCAAGCUUCACACUCAUUGAUUCGAAGCACUUAAACGAGGCUUCGAUCACUGCUUCAAGGCCACGAGACGAGUGAAUCCCGAGCGUUAGUGAGAAAAAUAUUAAUGAGGAAAGAUCUAUGAGGAAAAUAGUCGUGCAGGAAAGAUAUUAAGACAGGAAACGACGAUUAUUUGUUAUAUUAAGAGAGAGAGAGAGAGAGAGAGAGAGAGAGAGAGAGAGAGAGAGAGAGAGAGAGAGAGAGAGAGAGAGAGAGAUGUUGUUUACCACGGUUGUUGUUUCUUAGGGCACGAAAAAGGUGAAGGUCAUCCUAAUAUUAAUGCAUUUACACACACACACACACACACACACUAUAGAGCAGCUACGCCACCUUAGUCUAGAUACCAAUAAUUAUUUCACAUGAUAUUUUUAUUCUCCAGAAGACUUAAGUAAAUGUAUAUAGAUAGAUAGGAGAGAACUUAUAUAUUACGUAUAGAGCGGUGUAUUUGGUUGACUGUAUGGGAGAUAUAGGGGAAUGGAGGUAGUUCAGUGUAGAGGGUAUGGGAGGAAGAGAGGAGAGGAGGAAGAACAAGGAAAAAGGAGAUAAUUUAGUUAGGGUGGAAAGGGAGGAGGAAGAGUGUAGAAAAAGAGACUAGGAAAUGAGAAGGAAAUAGUUUAGUUAAGGUAGAAAGAUAGGAAGGAAGAGGAGGAGGAAGAGUAAAGCAAGGAAGAACGGGAAAUGAAGGAGAUAAUUUAGCUGAGGUGGAAAGAGAGGAAGGAAGAAGAGGAGGAAGAGUGAGGCAAAGAAGAACGGGAAAU